AUGACAGCAUCCUCCUUUGGAGACUUUGCGUUCGCUUGUGCAGCAUCAUUCGAUAUGGCAUGUCCGUCAGUCAAGCGGAAGACAGUGUCAUUUGGGAACACUGAGACCCGCGUGAUAGAGUCUUCUUUCCCGGAGCCGGCCUUCGGCCCCGUCAAUCGCGAGAGGAAUUUGAGCUAUUCGUGGCCGGAAAAUAUCCGUGGUCUGAAUAGCGCUCGCGAGAGGCGAAGAGCCCAUAUGAAAGCUGUGCUGUGGCGAGAGCAGGUUUUGCUCGAUGACAUUGAUGCCAAAACGUUAGGAAAUGAUGCUUGUGUUCUUGAGCUCACGCUUUCUCAGCGGAGCGCUUGCGAAGUCUUUGCUGCUGCUGUCAAGUCUAUUAAGAGGGUACGGAGACUCAUGCUUGACUCCGGUUGCGGUAUAGACCUUAUUGGUCUCGGUGAUUUAUCCCGUGAGGAAAGGGAUCUGAUCGUCCAGAAUGCUAAGAUCAGUCUUCGGACAGCUAACGGGAAGACCAACACCAAGGGUGUCGCGCAUAUGCGCAUCGAUGGUCUUGAUGAACUGAUUGAAGCUUAUGUGUUGGAAAGCACGCCAAGUCUCCUUUCCCUUGGGAAACGAUGUAAGGAGCUUGGUUAUCGAUUCAUUUGGGAGCCCUUUUGCGAUCCGAUAUUCUUUGAUCCGAAAGGGAAACGCCUCAAGGUCGACGUGAUCAAUAAUAUUCCCUACCUUGCUCCAAGUGAGACAGAGGUAGUGGCCGGCAGACCUGAUCUCCCUCGUGUGUAUCCGGCCCUCCCAGCACCGAUUAUCGUCCACGAAAAGGUCGUUGCAGCUGGUGAGGAGCCUGGCAGCGAAUUAAACGCUGUCGGAGAACUUGAUCUCGAUAUGCCCAACGCCAAGAGCGUUCAGAAGAGUGCACCUGACGAUAACAAGAAGGUUCCCGACAAGGGUAAGCCUCAGUCGCCGCCUGAUGAACCUAGAGCGCGCGAUCUGAAAGAUGAGGCAAAGUCAAUCCGUCAUCUCAUGACUCAUCUCCCAAAGAACCCCUACUGCGAUGCCUGCCAACGUGCAAAGAUGGAAAAUGUUAAAUCCUUUCGUCAAGACUCACCGCGCGAUAAAGGGUUUGAGAAGUUUGGCGAACACGUCACCAUCGAUACCAUGGUGUUGCAUGGGCUCGGCAAUCGCGGGAAUAUUGGGGAGACGGAUGCUGUCGUCUUCUACGAUCUAGCAACCGAGUGGCUGGAGAGCGUUCCCGUUAAGGGAAGAACGAAUGCCGAUACGCUCCGAGCAUUUCAACAGGUCUUUGGCGAUCUUCGAGACGUGAACUCGUGCUCCAUUGAUGUGGAGAGGAGGUAUGCACCUUCUGCGAUUCGGGAGAUCUAUUGUGAUAAAGCCCGUGAGUUCAUAUCGACCUGCAAGAAAGUCGGCAUAUCUGUGAAGCACUCCACCCCGGGAAUGCCUCGAACUAAUGCCAUUGCCGAGAGCAAGGUGAAGCUUGUCCUUCAUGGCGCACGUGUGGCGCUACGACAAGCGGGAUUGAGCGCCAAAUUCUGGCCUUACGCAUGCAAGCACUUCUGCCAUGCUCGUAACAUCGAAUUGCGCGAGGGUCAGAGUGCCUAUGCGAUGCGAUUUGAUGGUGUUGAGUUUGACGGUCAGAUUCUGCCGUUUGGUUGCCUUGUUGACUUCCAUCCUACGCCGGCACGAAAACAGACCCGGCGGAGUCAGAGAGAUGAAGUUGUCCUCGGCGAUGGUGAGGAGUACGCCGUACCUGGCGCCGAAGUUGAUCAACGCUUGUCGUCUUACCAACGCCCCAGUAAGUUCUCCCCUACGAGUAAGCCUGGUAUUUUUCUGGGUUGUCAUUUUGAGAACGGGGGCAAGUGGGACGGUGACUACAUUGUCGCCGAUUUGGAAGAUUUCAAACGCGAUGCGUUGCGUGCGAGCGUCCACCAGGUCAAGAAGAUAUAUUGCUCACCCAAGGAGCGAUGGACGUUCCCGAUGCUCGCCGUGUACGACAAGCAGACUCGAUCAAUGUGCAUCAACGAUCCCGCGAUGCAGUCUUGUGCGCCUCAAUCUAGUGAGCGCCUUGACGCCUCUGAUAUGCUCGAACUCGAAGAUAUCGAUGAAAUGUUUGCCCUCGACGAGCCGACCCGAAUGACCGAAGAAGAUGUUCGGCGGGCUCGUGAAGCCGAGUUACGAGCCGAAUCUUCUCAUGGAGGAGGUGUCGACUACUGGGAAUAUGAUCCAUCGAGUCAUAAGUGGACUUAUCACGUAGUCGUCCCGAGAAAGGCGAUGAUUCAUCCCAGUAAGACUCCCGGAUCUCUUGGCGAGUCGCCUGAUCCGUGGAAGCUGAGCACAGUGCGUAUUUCGCAUGUUCAGUAUAAGGAUAAAAGUCCGGUUACGAUCUAUGAAACCGGCUAUGCCUUCGGUAAGACGAGACUGAUGCAACUCUGGACAGGCACUGUCGAAUUCUAUGAUGAUGGCUUUGCCCCAUCCAAGAAGAAGUUACCUCCUUACCAUGGGUCGGAGAUCCUGGAGGGCGAGGGGGGUUUGCCUUACCGUCAGAGUGUGCCGCGCUCCGAGCGUGUCUACCGAGGGUCUCGAAAACCGAACUCUAUCGACUCCGAAUCCUGGCGCAGCAUGAAUCGCGCCGAACGGGAGGGAUAUGUCGAGGCUGAGCGCCGAGAAGCUGAGUCUCACGCCAUGUCCCGAGAGGAUUCUCGCGAUGCCGCUCCUGUCGACAUCGCUUUCGAUUCCGAAUAUGAGUCGGGUGCUGAACGGCAUGAUAAGGAUUAUUGGUAUCACGAUGUCGCAGCUGGCACGGUCACCCGAUUUCAUGUGAUCGAGCGCCGAGCGCGCUUUAAUCCCACCUCAGUGAAGGACUGUCCUGUCGAUCCUGCGACCUUGACAGAUGUCAGGAUGACUAUGGCCAUGACCGAUGGCACAGAAUUUACGUUGCAGGACUCAUGGAGAUCAUCCGAUGUGCGAUCUCUGCCAUGUCGAUGGACAGGAAAGACCGUUUUCGUUAUCGGUUCUUCUGCCAAAACACAGAUCAAGGUUCGAACCAGUCUGCCGAAUAACGACGGAACAGAGCGCCGAGUGCAAACGGCGAACGGCUAUUAUGGCCACGCCUUACGUGCGAAGGGACGUGUUGUAGUCCCUGCUAAAUCUCGCGCCUGUGUUGUUACUGACCUUGAAUUCGAUCCCCCAAGCGGCAUGUCGGCCCGCCUUCAGCCGCUACGCGGUAGUGGCCUCGAUAUUUGUCCGGCCAUGUAUACGUACAACGAAGGGGCUACCCAUUCCGGGGUCGACGUCCUUAAUCCUACCGACACCGAUCUUAUAGUCGAACCAGGACAGGAUGUGGCAGUGGUUCAGUUUUAUACUUCCGUGCUAGCCGCAGUUGAACUUGAUUUCACGGAUGAGGAUACCGGGGAUGGUACUUCUGCACCGGUAGAGCCCUCCAACGACUGUCUGGAUACCGAUGCAGCACCUGCGAUGUCUAUUCGUUCCGAUCCUCAUUCGCAUCGCUCUCCAGACUCUUCGGUGUUCUUUUACAGCGCGUGUGUCGCACGGCCUGUUGAUCGAAAAGAACGUGAACCCAAGAAGGCAUUUCCCGAGCUCACUUUUGGCGAUCGUGACACUACUGUCGCUCAGGGCUCUGCCGGUCCUCGCGAAAUCCGAAUGAUCAAGUACGAUAUGCGAUCGUUCAUGGAGCCAUGUGUCUCUCGCUAUGUCGAGCUCUGUGGUCCGAAAUACAAAGCCACCUUGCGGUCGGCUGACACGCCGUUUCUCGAUGAGUCACGACCGGAGUUCGAUACUAAUCCGGAUCGUCCCGAGGUGAACCGUUUGUUGGGCCAUCCCACCGAUACGCCUAUACCUCCUGGUAAGGGCGUUCUCGGUGACUGCGCUGCCGCUGUCCUGAUGAAAAUCUUGUAUGGUGCUCGCAUGGGGCGAUACGAUCUCAUCCGUCCUGUGCAGGCACUUGCUAGUCUCAUCACCAAGUGGGAUGGUUUGUGUGACAAGAAGCUCCAUCGUUUGGUGUGUUAUAUCAAUUCCACCCUCGAUCUCAAUUUAUAUGGUUGGAUUGGUGAUGCGCCCGAGAUGUUAGAGCUUGUGCUCUAUUGCGAUGCUGAUCUUGCGGGCGACCGCACUGAUUCCAAGAGCACGUCUGGUGUCUUCAUGUGUCUUCUUGGCCCGCGUAGCUUUAUGCCUCUUAAUGCGCUGUCCAAGAAGCAGACUUCUGUGUCAAAGUCUACUCCCGAAGCCGAAAUUGUCUCCCUUGAUCACGCCGUCUAUAAACUGGGAUUGCCCGCUCUCUCCAUGUGGGAGUAUAUGUUGGGCCGUCGCUUCCGUUUGCGUGUCAUGGAAGACAAUGAAGCUGCCAUCCGAGUCAUUAUCACUGGUCACAAUCCUAAUAUGCGUCAUAUGUCUCGUACCCAGCGUAUCGAUAUUUCUGCGUUGAAUGAACGCUACCACGCUGGUGACUUUCUGUUUGUGACGUGUCCCUCUCAGUUUGAGGCUGGUGAUAUCCUGACCAAGGCCUGCACUGAUGCCAAAGUGUGGGGUCGCAACCUUAUGUCUAUUGGUCAUUUUCGCAAAGGUACUCUUAUUUCCUCUGGUAUGCUGUCUGAUGACGCCAACAUGGGCGCCGAUGAAGCCCCAGUCCCGAUUCAGACCCCGAGAGAUGAGUCUACUGGGGGUGGGAAGCGCUCCGAGGACGUUCCGAUAGGAUUGAGGAUGAAAGCAAUGAUGCUGAAAAUCGGGGUCCAAGAGAUCCCACAGGCCUCAAUCUGGCAGCGCCUCGAACAGCUGGCAUGCAACUCUGGUUUCGACCUAAAGCUGCAUCAGCUAGUUGACUCCUUCCUCCUCUCUAAUCAUCCGCUUGCGGAUAAGCAGAGGAAGCAGUAUCCCCGAGAGUUUAUGGACUUCAUCGAUCGAUACAGGGUGAUGUGCGCUCUUGCAUUUUCCCGAGUGGCAACGUUGUCCGGUGAUGCCGCAGGGGUCCGCGAGAAAAUGGACCUUACGAUGGCAUUGGCUCGCCACUGUAUGCACUUCCAAGCGCAAACCUUUAAGGGGUCUCGAGAGACACUGAGCAACGAUACGCUCCGCCUCAUGGGAACCUGUUACAUUCCGUCGCCUCUUGCGAGUUGGAAUCGAAAUCUCAUGGGAUACAGCAGUUCGUCUGCGGAACAGCGAUGGUUGAGGACCGAUACGAGUAUCAAGCACAACGACCUCACCAAGCUGUCGCCCAUUGAGUUGUCAAGGGAUGUGGUCAACCCGGCUGAAGCCGCGAGGUUCUUCAAGGGAUUUCUGCAGCUCAGGCCGACACUUUCUUUCAUCCCUGGGGCGUUUCUGGCAAUCAAGGCCCUUAACCGAUUUCCCACGCUGAAUUCUCUGAAAGAGCAAGCGAGUCACCUCGAGAAUGACCGCAAGGAACACGGCUACGAUCUACCUGCCGUGGAUGCGAACGGGAUUGGUGAAGUGGCCGCCUUUCGCAACGAAGACGACGAUGAGAAUAACCCGCUGAUGCACGGGUGGGCCUCGUUCAUGAACACGAUGGCUGAGGCCUACCCCGGGCGAUGCGUCAGCAUCGAUGAUACGCUCAAUUGGGGAGCCAGCACCCAAAUGACCUACGAGGACGGUGCGUCACAGAUCACCAUCCGCCCGACUGACGGGUGGGUGUAUGUCCCAGCGAUGAAUUCGGACAUAUACGAUCCUCAGGAGACGUACCUCCACGGAACGAAUCUCCGAUACCUCUGGUCGAUUCUUGCUCACGGAGGCUUGUUCGGAGAGGAUUACGUGACGGAUGAUCAUGGAAGUCACGAACCCUGCGUCUGGGUGACUGGACACGCCCCCGAGGCUGCCGGUAGCUAUGCAUCUGGCACGUACCUCGGCGGAGGCUACUGGUUCCAGGUGAUGAUCUGCGUCUCCCGAACUAUGGUGAACAGCCACAGUCGCACGACAAAGAAGCUGGGGGGAUCCCAGAAACAGAUCCGCGUAGGAACUCGAUUUCUCGAGCUGUGCGGAAUCGCGUUCAGGCCCUUCCGCCUCUUGGAUGACCGCGAGCAAGGGGUUUCUACUUCCCCGAACUACGUCAUCCACGGACACCGAUUCCUCAGUGCCGAUGGGACGAAAGCCGUGGCCUGGCACCCGUGGAUGGAGGCGAGCCCGAUCGAUCCUCGCAUUCUGAAGCUGCUGGGAGACAGUGUCGCGCGCGACAAUGUUGAGUUUGCCGACCUAACGAUUCAGGGGGGCAACACUACCCAACAGGCUGCAUCUACCGAGACGGAGCAGCCUGUGGCGACCGCGGCCGAUGAUCAUGCUGCGGCGAGUGGUGGUGAGGCAACGGAGCGAAUCACCGUCAACCCGGUAGUGCUUCGACGCAAUCACUGGAUGCCCGACUCGUACGGGACGAGUGAGCAAGCCACUGUCGGUGGAAGGUAUGCAUUGCUAUCCGAGCUCCAGUCCUCUAGCUACCGAAUCGAGCUGGCUCCUUUCUUUCAGUCGCGUGCACCCAUGCUGGGUGAGGAAGGCAGCCAAGGCUUGCCAAAGCCUACAAAGCUCGAGACAAUAGCCGGAGGACCCUCCAAAGAGUGGGAGGCAUGGUGCAGGCACUACCGAAAAGCAUACGGUGCUCUGCUCGGCAACUUCGGCUACACGUCCGCCAAGAAUAUCAAGGGUAUCGUAUACGAUGAAGAAAAUACGACGGAUAUCAUUGGCGCGCUUAUUUGGAGCCCAGCCGAUGCCCUUGUGGCUGUCUCGAUUCACGGGAUCAGAACGGUCACGACCAUGGCAUCCACGAUUGCAUUUGGAGGUGCUCCGCCAACGAUCAAGCCGGCAGUACCCAGCAAGCCGCAGAGAUUCGUUGUCAUGCACGAUGGCCUGCUAACCUUCAGAUCUGCCAAAUCCUGGCACGCUGGUGAGAUGAACACCCAUCUGAAGAACGCGCUGGCAAGCUUUGGAUUCCCUGAGUCCGAAGUUCGGGUACAGGCGUUUGAUGAGGGCGAAAAGCUCAAGGAGAUGGUAGACACUCUCGAACUGAUGCGGAGUGACCCAUCUGUCCCGCCAUCGAACGUUCACAUCCUCAUCCUCUGGAAAGGAGACGAGUUGUGGAAGAUGGACCAAGGCUGGAAUAAGCUGACUGGUGACAUCGAUAUGGCACGAUCACAAUACGCCAAAGUGACCGCCCGGGACGCCCUUGAGAAGUAUAACACGAUCUACGGAUCGGUGUCCCUUUGCGGACCAGUGUCACCGAGCAUGGGUUUCCUUCCGACUCUUCCUGGCCCUCUCUUCGAGAAAUACAGAGAGGAGAUGAGGUCGAUCUGGGACGAAAUCAGGAGGUCCAACUUCCUUUCCCUGUCGUUUGACGCUAUCCUGGAAGGACUACCGUACCUGAAAGGAUAUCACAUCAUGCAUGAGUCCAAAACGAUCGGGGUCCUAUGUACCCGUAUCUGCUCGAUGUUUACACUGGCGGCUCUCGCACGAUUUCCGUCUUACGCUACACGACGGGAGUAUCAGAUUGCCCACGAUAAGAUGUGGGCGCGCACUCCAGUUCCGGAAGAAAGGUCGACUGGCACGGUGAAGGCCAUUGUGCACUCCACAACCGUUGACAUGAGUCAGCUUGGCUUCGAUGACGAAGAUGAAGAGGAGAUGGCUGACGAUGCAGGUCCGGCUGCUCCUGAGAAUCCGAUUAAACAGGAACAGACGUCUUUGGCUGAUCUGCCGGGUAUUCGUCAUCCGGAUCCGAUUGAGCUGCCCGCUACUCCUGUGCAUGGCCAGGCAAUGCCGGUAUCGCCCGGCCUUGCUCCGGCUGCUGCGAACGAUGAAGAGUCUAGCGAUAGCUCCGAUGGCGACGGACAGCAAGGGGAUGGCGAUGCAGCGAUGCCUGCGGUCAAGAAAGAGGAAUCCGAUGAGGAGUUUAAUGAGCUUCUCGAAGGAAUGACUGAAGCAUUCGAGAACUUGCCUACUCCCCGGGAUGCAGAGCGAACAGUCGCCGCCAAUCGGGACGCUGCACGACCACCCGCCGUGCCGGCGAUCCCGCUAUCUGCGAUGAAGAAGCCGAAGCCGUUCAGUGGUGUGGAAGCCGCGGGCCCUACUGCCGAGGGUCGCCAAGGCUAUGCGCACUUCGAGAGCCAAGUCAGUGAAGCUGAGGCUCGAUGUGAACAGGCUGCUAAAAUGAAGGCGCAUAUCGCGGAAGUGGCGAAGGGCGCCACGGGAGUUGAGAAUGCCGAACACCUUCGAUCCAUUGCCGAUGGGCUAGCCAGGGUCAUGGACCCGAACAUAAACGAUGACAGUGUGUUCCAGGGUGCCAUGUAUCCUCCGGGUGACUAUGCGCUUGACGCUGUCACGAACCGGCUGGCCCAGGGCCGACGCCGAGUUGAGUCGAACAGCAAUCUCAUCAGGGAGAUGGCCAGCGACCGAUUUACGCCUGUGCUCAUCAACCGAGAUACUGGUGAGACUGUGUCCGCCAUUGAUGCACGGUGGACCCCGGAGUAUGGAAACAGGGGGGAGCUCGAGGCCAAGGUUGGUGCGAUUAUCUCCAACCUGGAUGCAGUUGUCGCAAGCAUGUCGACCCUUCCUGUGUUCCAUCCGCACAUUCCCUCAACAUAUGGUAUGGCCCGAUCGCUUCUCAACACAUACCAGUCAUUGCAGAUUGCCAUCCGACACCGCGGUAUGGGUGCGAUGUCCUUUGAACAGAUGGUGUUCAAGCCGGAGGACCUUGAGGUUCCGACUCCCGAUGACUGGCCGGACCUCAUUGCGCCUACCCCUGGAAAAGUCAUUCAAUCCAUGCGGGUGGCCCUGGUGAACAACACGGCGGCAAGGUUGACGAGAGAGGACCUCAAGCUGCCACCGGGCUUCGCCAUGCAACGACGAGUGACUGAGUUCCGUAAGCCGGAGGAAGAUCCAGCGCAGAGCCUGAUGGGGCUCACCGAUGACUUGAGCUACGGGACUACUGGUCGAUCUGGGGAUGACAGAUUGUCCCAGUUCCAGCGUAGUAUGGCAGUACAGCUGCGGAACACUGCUGGAUUCCUUGCGAGUGAGUUCCAGAAGCAUGCCCGAUCUAUUGCCGCUUCUUCCUCGCGUCGCAGUGAUGCUUCAGGUGCCCUGAGUAGCCAGGGUGAUGGCGCGGCGGACAACGAUCUUCCGUCCACUGAACAGGUUAGUGUUGCAUCUGAGCGCGCGAUUGCGCCGCCUCCGCCAAACGUGGCUCCUCCUCCUCCGCCUACUGCGGCAGCACCUCCGAGGGCGUCCGAAGAGAGUGCAAAGGAGGAUGACGAUGAUACCAAAAUGGAUGAUGACACGGCCGGUCAGAAACCCGAGCAGAAACCCGAGGAGGACGCAGAUAUGGGUAGCGGGAAGGAGCUGCAAGACGAGCCUCCGGAACACGGCCUGCGUUCCAGUCCUCCGAAUGACAUGGUUGCUCAGGGAGCCGCGCUCUCCGGUGCUCGAGGGCCGGAUAUCGACAUUGACCCGGCCAGCACCACAGCCGAUCAAGCGGCAAAUGAUGCGAGAAAUUUCCGGAUCGAGGGCCCUGGUAUCAAGGCGACAACGAUUCAUCGCCCUGACCAGAUGCCCGAGAGGGGUGUCGACUCUAUUGCACCGAUUGUGCAGUAUGAAACGACGUCCGUCCCGAUUGCGCUGACUGACUUCGUCGUCCCGGGACUCGACAUGGGCAUCGAUGAUUCCGUCCAUGGUCGGCUGGUCUCCGCGACCUGUCUCCCACCGACUGACGAACAGCGCAAAUAUUCGAGGCGCCGAUUCGCUAUGCUGUCCUCGAAUCAGACGGUGUACUUGAACGUCGCACUUCACAAGAAACCGGUGAAAGGAGAUCACGAUUCUUUCCUCCGACCGGAGUCUUACGAGGAUUGCCGCGAGAUCCAUGACGCUGUCCGAGCAUACAAUGCUAAGGAGGCAAAGUUCCGAUCCGUCGGCGGAACAUCCGUGUCAUGCAGCCGAUUGUUGAUCGAUGACGCACAAAACAUCCCUGCUGCCAGGAUUCCGGACGCAGGAAUGAUCAACUUGGUGCGGAAACUGCUGUUCCGAGUGCUGACGCAAACGAAGGAGUAUCCUUCCGCUACUGCCGAGAGAACGCAGAAUCGCCCCCAGGAUCAAGAAAGGGGCAUUCCCUUGUAUUCGCGCUUCGACCAGAGUGGCAUUAUCGCUUUCGAUGUCAUUCCGAUGUACAUGGAGCGUGAGAGGGAAUACAUGAAGGCCAACGCCGGAGAGAACGAUGGCCGAAUCCUUCUCCAGACAAGUAUUCUGGAUGAGCGAGGCGAACCGACCGAGAUCACUACCCGAUGCAUUAUGGAGAUCGCCCGGACGGACAACAACCGAAUGUUUGAGUUCUUCUACUCGACGAUCGACAACGAUGGAAGUCCUCAAUUUGUCGGCAUUCGAGCCACCUACGGUUUCGGCCCUGAUAACUUCAACCGAUUCCGACUGCUGACCAAGUGCCAGCACGGGCCAUUUAUCCAGCUCGCUCAGGAUCAUUACGUCGCUGGCGAGAGGAAAAGAAAUGUGGCCCGAUACCAUCCUCAGUAUGGAGGGGGAUGCGCAACGAUUCGCGAAUUCUUCGGGUACAUGAGCGAUUGCAAGCUCAAUCCUCCGAAAGGACGGCUGUUCCUCACUCUGCUCCCGUAUGCUCCCGGAUCUGGGAACAACAAUGAGUGGGAAGAGGUGUACAUGAACGUCCGAAUGAACCCGGGGCGUGAGACGCUUUCGAACACCGCGUCAUCACAAUCCAUGCUCCCUGAAGGGAUGGGAUCCAACCGCAUGAUCGUGUUUGCGAUUGAUUUGCACAUGAUUGCGGCGGGAAUCAAUCCGAUUGUAUUCCACCCGAGGGGAUAUUAUGCGAUCAAAGACAGUAUCCCUCUCGCCUGUAUGCCCAUUGCAUACUUCAUGGACACGGGAUCCCUUGUGUUCAACACGGCCUUCAAAUAUGUUGGAGGCCCAAAGUUCGGCACUGGCCCCAAGAGAGGAGACCACAAACGAGAAACGUGGCCGCUUGCUAGUUUCGACUGCCCCAUGUGCGGAGCAUCAUUCCCGGUGGGUCUCCACAUGUUUCACUCUUGCACCAAGCCGAUUCAUUAUCCUGAUGGGAUGUUCUACGCCGAUCCUGUAAACCCAUUUCAGGUCGAGUACUAUGGAAGUCAUGCCGAAUGGCUCAACGAGCUCAUUGAGCGAAACGAGCUUAAAGAAUUCCGACUUCACGAGUACCGUGCAAUCAAGCAGCUGAGGAAUUUCCCGGUAUCUAGGUCAAUCGCUGAGGACCACAGGCAAACCGCGUUCUUCGGGGUGCCACCGAUCAAAUGCACUGCAGCUGAUACAUCGCCGAAAGAAGUGGAAUUGUUCAAGAAGAGCGUGCGCGGAACGAUUCAAGGCGCCAUUCGAUUGGACAUCUCCAUUGAGAGGCUUGUUGCCGGUAUCACUGGCAAGGAAGCUCGGAGCGGUGUGGAAGACUUCCUCAACUCGCAGUCGAUCGCCUGUGCAACCACGAUAGUCAAGCACUUCGGCGCGGUCUUCGCCACAUGCCGCGAGAAGCCGCUGUGCUACUAUGCACGAUGGUCGAUCCACUGUCAGCGCGCAUACCGAGUCUGCCUGUCGCGCGGCUAUCUCUCCCCCUUUUACACAGGAGGGACAAUCGAUUAUACCGUCGACUCAGACAUGGUCGAGAAAAUUCGGCUUGCGCAUCUGCCAUUGCAGAACGCCAAUCUGGCGAUGAGAAGGCAAAUUCGACUUUCCACCGAGUUUGGAACGUUGGAUGAGUUCCGUGCCACUAUCACGGACACGCAAAAGUAUCAGCGAUACAUGCGUGUCGAUAGUGAAAGCCUUUCCGCGCUCCUUGCCAAGGUUACCCUUACGACGUGCUACGGCAUUCCGAUGAAAGGUGAACCUGGCUACAUCUCUGACGAUGAAGCUGAGGAGAUCGAAGGAACUGCGGCGGCAACUGAAAAGCCCAAAGGGAAAGGAAAAGGGGAAGAAGAAGAACCCGAUGUCCAAGCCAUCAAUUGGCGUGAUUUGGACCCUUUGGGGCGGAAGUUCAUCCCGCACCAUACCGAUUCCCGAUUCACGAUUUUUGCUGAUGGGAAUACGGCACUCCUUGAUGCCCCCGAAACGCCUGAUGAGAAGCGUAAGGAAUUCAAGGAGUUCAUUCGCGAUCACUCUGUCAAGAUUAAGGAAUGUUUCGAUGAUGAUCGCGCGACCGAGAAGACGUUCUUCAAUCUUGUUGAAGGCGUAAAGGAUCAGCUCCCCGAUACUAAGAGAACUGACCCUGUUCUUAUGAAAAAGAACGAAGAUGUCUUCGAGGCUCUACCCGAUGAACUAGAAGAGCCUCAAGAUCUGUUCGACGUCGCAGCUCAGCGGGCACGACGACGUGCUGAUGCGCCUCAGCGCAGAGUGCAGGCCACUGAGCAACGGCACGCGUCGAUCCCCGAAGCUCAUGCCGUCCCCGUUCCUCCGGAUGACGAGGACGAGGAUGAUACUGAGCUCGAACGGGCGAUCCGACCCGGCCCGAAGUCACAACGCACUGGGCGAGAGCACCUCGGAGGUGUCGCUCCUGAGACGAACCCGCCUCCGCCUCGCGAGAUGCCGCCUCCGUCUAACCCACCGAGUCGGAAGACGUCGAGGCAAUCGGGCUACAAUGUUCCCCACGCUGAAGGGGAGACACUGAUGGUCUCAGGAAGGGCACCCUACUCCGAUCAAAAGGGUCUACCCUUGGUACUGCGAAUGAAGACCCGGGUUCCGGAGCCUGAUUUGGACAACCCGACGAUUGAAGAUAUUAUUCGCAUGUAUCACGCACCGAACACGCUGCCUGUUGUCAGGAAGAAAGUCGCCAAUGUCAUCAUUUCGAUGAAUGCAAAUCCCGAUGACCCUAUCAAUAUGAAGGCGGCUGGCGUAGUUCCUCCCUCUGCCGAGGAAACAGGAGCGGGAAGAGCUGCCUCGCCUGGAGGCACUUCCGCUACUACGCAGGAACGGAUUAACCCCAAGUUCCCUGCACCAAAUACUCGCACCGCUUCGAACCCACCUUCGAAAUCAGCCCGCGACGAGAAAUGGGCUCCUUCGAUUGUCCGGCCAACUCCUGGUCGGGUGAUUACUAGUGCAGAGGCGCGAGGGCGUACACAACAGCCCACGAUCUCGCACGAUGGGCCCGGCCAAGGAAACAACGGCAAAGGGCAAAUCCCGAACUGGCUCAAACGUGACAGGCCUCAUCGAUGA